UUGUAAUGUCUGUGCUCAGGAUCUGAAGCACAGAAUCGGACGUUUCGUAUUUGUGAGUUGUUUGUUUUUUUUUAAAGUGGUGUGACUCGCAUAAAAAUACGGCUUACACAGCUAGAAACUUGGUGGUAGCUGCCUUUGGAAAAUACAUAAUAAUUGUAAAAAUAGAAUACUUGAAAGCAGCGACAAAGAAAAUACUACAGAAUGCUGAAGCUAUUUUUCCGUAGUCUUUUUUCUCCACGUUUGUACAGGAAGCACAGGGAUGGCCCAUGCGACGUACUUUAUAAUCCUAAUAGUUUGGAAAAAUGGGGUGAUUUGGUUAUCAAAACUGUAAAUGUUGUCGCAAGUCUAAGCUUUUACACAUCACCGUUUAUUUGCAUGUAUGUUUAUCGAAAAGGCUUUUACACUUUUGAGAAGUUACAAACUCUUAUACCAGAAGUUGUCGUACUUGGUUGUCUCGUGGCUGUGUCACUAAUUAUGCGAGCGAUUGGGAGGGUGACCAAUCCCAAAUAUGUUGAAUUUUUGAAGGCUUUGACUGAUACAAAUACUGACCCAGCAAGUUAUUUACAAUCCCUGAGAAAAUAUGAUUUUGAGUUUAAUAACUGGCCUGUCUCAUAUACUGUUCCACCCAUAAAGCGUUCUACUUGGCUGGAGGUUAACCCUUUUAGUCAAUGCUCUCAACCUGACUUGCCUACGUAUAAAAGAAUUCCACUUCAACUGUUGGCAUUUGUAGCUGCACACACAUUUGGAAUGAGACUUAUCUACCCAGGGGCACUCUAUAUUAUAGUUUCUUCGCUGUGGAAGUUCUUAUUAAUAGGCAGAUCUCAACUUGUUGAGACAUUUGGUGGUCUUCGAGCGAAAUUGCGGACUGCUGACGGGAACUCUAUAGACACUAUGUUCGUUGAUAAGAGACUAAGUUCAGACAGGGGAAAUACUUUGGUUGUAUGUUCAGAAGGCAAUUCAGGAUAUUAUGAGAUAGGUAUAAUGUUCACUCCAAUAAGAGCUGGUUAUUCUGUCUUGGGUUGGAAUCAUCCAGGAUUUGCUGGAAGUACGGGCAAACCUUCUCCAUCUCAAGAACAAAAUGCAAUUGAUGCAGUAAUGCAGUAUGCUAUAAAUAAACUUGGCUUCAAGGUUGAGGACAUUGUUCUCUUUGGCUGGAGUAUCGGUGGUUAUAAUGCAACUUUUGCUGCUGUUACCUACCCCGAUGUUAAGGCUUUGUUGUUGGAUGCGACAUUUGAUGACAUUCUGCCAAUUGCUCAGAAUCAGAUGCCCCAAUCAUGGGCUAUACUUGUCGAAGAAAUUAUCCGUUCUUACGCCGACUUAAAUAUAUCUGAGAUGUUACAAAAAUACAAGGGACCGGUAUGUCUUGUACGGCGUAAUAAUGAUGAAGUGAUUUGCUUAAGACAAGGAUUGGUUCAUACAAACCGUGGCAAUAAUCUUGUUAAGAAGCUUAUCGAAACCAGAUAUACAAACCUAUCGAAAGAAGAAUUGGCAUUAGUUGAUAAAUACAUCCGUCUUUUCGGUCCCCAUCGGGCACUCUUACAAGCCAGAGACAUCGGAGAAAGUGACCAAAAAAUUUUGAAAUUGAUUUCGAAACACAUGCAAGAAUUAAAUGGGACCCACUGCAUACCUUUGCCUCACGAACAAUUCAUCAACAUCAUGAACUCAUUAAUGGAAGAUUAAAAUAAAAUACCUAAAAAUAAGUUGGUGUCUGUAGGUGUUUAAAUUUUUCGAAACUCCAUAUUAAAUUUCAGUAGCUUGCAAUAGUCUCUAGCCCUAACAGUUUUGGUUUCAUAAGUCAUGACUUUAUGCUUUCCCAAAU